AUGGAGUAUCUUCCUAGUCUUCAGCAAGAGUUUGAUGAGCACAAGCCGUCGCUCUUCGAACUCCUCGCUGAACAGCAACUCUCUGACUUACUCCCUCCAUCCCUCCGAUAUCUACUUGCCGUCGCGACACACCGUCAUCCGCGGUACCUACUCCGGAUUCUCAAUUCAUAUGAUGAGGUUUACGCCCUCCUCUCCUUAGUCGUUGAACGCUAUUAUCUCCGCACAUUCGGCGGCUCCUUCACAGAAAACUUCUAUUCCCUUAAACGCGAGCGCGUUCUCCGCACAAAAAAUGGCGAAAUCCCACGCGCCCAGGUCGGCGCCGCUGGCCCCGUGCGCGAUGCCCUCAAGUUACACUCGGCCGACGUGUGGAAGAACCUCCUCGUCAUGGUCGGGAUCCCAUAUCUGAAACGCAAACUUGAUGAAGGAUACGACAUUCAUGCGGCACCUCAAGCAUCCCUAGUCUUGGGUGGAGGGCCACGAUAUAACCCCAGCGAUGAUCUGCCUCCGCGCCCGACGCUGCGCCAACGCAUCUUCCACUACUACAAGUGGUUCCUACGCAAUAUAUACCCCUCCGUGAACGCGGCCUACUAUUUCUCGAUCCUGGCCUUUAAUCUUGCUUACCUGUUCGAUAAUACGAAAUACUCCUCUCCCUUCCUCUGGCUCAUUGGAUCGCGCAUUCGGCGCCUCGGAGCCGCAGAUCACCGUGCCAUUGCUGAGGUGUUAGACCCGAAGCCUGCGUCCGGCGGUAACAUAUCCCAGCGACCUGGAUCCGGCUUGAUGGGCCUUCUGAGUCCCCAGAACCUGUCAUCGCCACUCCUCACCUCCGUACGCUAUUUCCUCCCAGCAUCAAUCUUUGCAUUGAAGUUCCUGGAAUGGUGGCACGCGAGUGACUUCUCGCGGCAAUUGGCUCGCAAAGCAACGGAGGUUUUGGACCUCCCUGCGCCUGUUGUCUCGGGUUUGACGAACCCGGCCGAGCGACGGAAGGCCGGCCAAGAAGAAAAGGAGAAGAAGCAGGCCGAGGAGAAGAAGGCUGCUGGAGAUCUCAAAUCUGCUCUCAAGCCUCCCCGUCGCCAUCAACACCCCAUCUCGGCUACCUCAUAUCUGCCCAUCUUCACUGUCCCCUUACCACUAGCAGAUACCUCAAGCGCGAACACCUGCCCCGUCUGCUUGAAUACUUUGGUCAACCCGACAGCCUGUCAAACAGGAUAUGUGUUCUGCUAUGUCUGUAUUUUCCACUGGAUCAACGGCGAGCACCAGCGCCAGCUGGACUUCAUGAACGGAGAAGGAGCUGGUGCAGCAUGGGAAGAAGAAAUUGUCGGUGACGAAGAUGAGAAGAACGCAGACGACACUGAGGGAGAGCCUGGCUCUCGUAAGCGUGGCGGCAAAUGGGAGAGUGGCAGGGGACGAUGCCCUGUCACCGGCAGGAGAGUCCUCGGUGGAACCGAGGGCUUGCGCCGUGUGCUUAUUUGA